AUGAAGGGACACUACAACCAUAAACUCCUGUACAAGCGCGCCAACGAGCAAUCCGACGCCGCCAUCGAGGAGGUCGAGAACGUCAUCCAGACCCUCAAGAAGUGCGAGGCGGAGCUGAGCGCGGCGAAAGACGUCAAGAAGAGGGAGCAAGUGAGGUACACGAUCUUCCAGAACCGCGAGAACCUCAUCGCCGCCGUGACAAACAAGGGCCAGCCCCGCAUGCGCCCGCUCAGCGCUGCGGACCGCGGUUCACAGGAGACUGGGAAGUGCUACCCGCGAACACAUCUCAGACCUAGGACCCACUCCUGGAAACAUCGUAACCCUUUCAUCGCGAGGGUUCGACUUGACCAUGGCCCCCGCCUCCCAGGCAGCAGUUUCGACCUCCAUGAGAUGUACGAUCGUGCCCCUAACUUCUCUUGCGUACUGCACGCCGAUGAAGAGGUCGAUGAGGAGAUGGGUCAGCGGGAGAUCGAACAAUCAGCCCAAAAGCCAACAACCAAGCCCGCAUUUAUCACAAUCUUCAAGAAGGUGGUUGAGGAGUUACAAGCUGAACAAGCUACCUGCCUGUCGGGCCCCGUCUGGAAGCCGAUCAAUCCCGUUGUUCGAACAACCACAUCGCAACAUUGUCUUCUUUGUCACGCAGCUUUCCGAACCACCCCAUCACAACAACGUCGACAACUCCACAGCAAUGCCGAAACGACGGCCUUCCGCAACCUCUGCCCCAGGCCAGAGAACCUGUACGGUGUGCAAAAAGAACCAACCAAACCGCGCCGGAUGAACGCACUUUCCACACCUAUCGAGAGGACUUACGACGCUCAGGAGUCGCCACUAGAGAAUGUCAUGGACGAUCUCGCAAAUACGGCAGAGCCGAUUCUAGCAACAAAAUGCGGGAUUGUCCUCGAGCAUCUUCGAUUAAGCCUUGUCUCUCGAAGGCCACAAAACCAGUCUUUGACUGCCCUGGAUGCUGCUUGGAUCAUGAACCAUCUAGCCAAGUCUAAGCUGCAAAUUGAUGCCUACCAUACACUGUCUGGAGAGGCCUGCAAGGUCCCGGAUCCUCGUAUCUACCCCUUCCUCCGAGAUUUGGCCCGGAUAUAUCGACAGAAACUGCGCCAACUCGAGACUGACACCAUGGGGCUCGACACGACUCAAAAGAACAAAAAGGAAAUUUUGGAGGAGUUCAAAUCGGUCCUGACGGAGUUGAACAGUGUGGCGGAGACAGUGGUCCACAUGCCAUAUGGAAACGAGCCACAUCGCCCAUUAUGGAUCGGUCUUGGACGCUACAUGGAUGAUGAAGACCAGGAACUCCAGCAAGGUGGAUUUGAUGAGAUUGACAUGGAUGUGGAAUUUGGGGAAGAGGUCCAAGAAGAGAUGCAAGAAGAGGUGCAGGGGGAGGUGCGAGAAGAGGCAAAUAUUGGGGUGCAGGCCGAGGAUGGCUCAGACAUAACGAAGUCGGCUUUGGAGAGAACAAUGGCUAUUGUCAACAACACCCCAAACCAGAGCCUAGCCUUCAGGUGUGGCAUCGUCUUGGAGCAGCUUCGACUCGGACUGCACAUGCAUGGCAACAAGGGUCUCAACUCACAGGAAGCCGCCUGGAUCAUCAACCACCUCGCCAAGUCAGAGCUGCAGAUCGACGCGUACCACCAUGUCUACAAGCCGUGCAAGCUCGAAGACAAGCGAGUGAAUGACUUCGUCCGUGAGUUUCGAUCGAUUUACGAGAGGAUCAGGGAUCAAGUUGUGUCAGAAAACCCCAAUGCCCUGGCCAUGAGGUUCAGGAAUGUGGUGCCAGACCUUAGGGCUUUACCUGAGCUGAAGGUGCACCCCAAAUAUCGUGGUAUCCCACCUGCAGAGCCUCAUUGCUCCUUAUGGUUCAACUUCCUGUCGCUGUAG